UAAUAAUUUCAAAAAAUACCAAUUCGUAUCCUCUCAUUGCUGAAAAAUUCAGAAACGCGUUUCCUUUUGAUCGCAGAGAGAGAGAGAGGGAGACAUGUCGUCGUAAUCUCUCACCCUUUAAAUCUCUCUCUCUUUCUCCCUUUCACGAACCCUAGAUUCUCCAUUUCUUUCUUCCUCGACACAUUCAUCAUCAAAACCCAAUCUCUUCUUCUUUCCCUGUUUCAAUAUGUGUCCUUUGAGAUUCCUAUUGGUGUUCUUCUCUGCGGUUCUCGCCGGAUACUUCGCGUGGAAGACGGUGAGUUCUUCUUCGCCGGAACUCAUCGGAGACGACGACGACUCACCCGUCGAAUUGAAUGAUAAACAAGGACUCUGUUUCAGAAAGAGGAUGGAGAAUGGGUUCUGGGUGUUCGUCGACAUGGCCAGCGGAAAGUACCUUUGGCGGAAUCUCAAGGAGAUGAGAGACAAGUCUCAAUGAAGAAGAAAGCUUUAUUACAAAAAUUUCAUCUUUUUUUUUUCUUUUUGGUAUUGUGCAGCAGAAUGAUAUAAUAUACUUAGACGAGUUGUUCUAAUUCAUCUCUUUUGAGUUUUGUAAUUUUGAUUAAUUUUGUUUGUAAUCUGGAGUUUGUAACUUUCAAGCAAUAGACACUUUCUCCAUCAUA